CAAACAGAGUGGUGUGUGGCUUUAACCAGUCUCCGUAUUCACAGGCCAACCCUAGAGGACCUGCUGGGCAGCGACGCCCUCAGCCCCAACACUGCCUUCCACGCCCUCAAGUGCACGAAAACCUUCCUGCAGAAGUCGGGGCAACUCGACAGGAUCUAACUCCCGCCCAGGUGACAGGACGGCCAACACAACCAACGACUCCUGAUAACAACUACCACUGACGGGGCUCUGGAGGCUGUGGGCCCACAGCCUAACUAGCCCCAUAAAACACCCACGAAGAAGAAGAAGAAGUGGUGUGUGGCUGGCCGCGUGGUCUGUGACACCCUCAUCCCCACCCUGGCCAGGGCGCGGCGCCCCACACAGCAGAACACUUCCUGCCACGACUCCACUCAGGGCCCCACACCAGCCCCAGCCAGGCUCCACACCCUCAGAGAUGGCAGAAUAAAAGAAAACUGAGUAUUAGACAUCUGGUGAGCUGCAGGAAGGGUUGGGGGCGAGGCUGUGUUAUAUGGCUAAAAGUGUUUGCAAGACACUCCGCCAUGCCACUGGGAUCACUAACUGUUGACCCGUGCCCCAUCAGGACGUCAUUGUCUCCAGUCGUGUGGUCCAGUGAGUCACCGCUCUACCGCACGACAGUGACCCCAAGGAAGUCCCGGUCCACAGCAGGGAUGUGGCCACCCCUGGCCACAGCCCCAAGUGUUCCCUGGUGGGCCAUACUCACUGAGCUCCUCCUCCUCCUCCUCCUCCUCACCCUGCUGCCGUGGAAGGAGUCACCACAGCUGUCAGCAGAACAACUUGGAGCGUCCGCCCUUCCUGCCGCCAGUGGUCGGAGACUCUCUCUUCACCACACGGUCUGCAUGUCAGCAAGGCACUACAUCGGGCUCCACUACAACCUCUUCAACCUCUACAACCUCUACGGACUGUCAGAGACGAGUGCCACCAAUGCAUAA